CCCGGAUGGUACCCACUUUUUAAUUUAUAAUGAUGAUAAAAUCGUAAUCGUAAUUUGAAAAUCUUCUGUGUGCUUCCCCUAAAAGUCACAUCUCAGAUGCUCUAGGUCACUCGAGCGUGACAGAACAAUUCCUUUUUUUCUUUUUUCUUUUUUUUCGUUCAGCGCGUCACAGUUUGGAUUUUUCUCACAGCUCCUGAAGACAGCAGUACACAUUCAGUCAGCGCGCCGAGCAGCCCUUGUUUCAGUAGUAAAACCAUGUAAAGAUGGCGGAGUUACAAAUGCUGCUGGAAGAGGAAAUUCCUGCAGGACGUAGAGCUCUACUGGACAGUUUUACUAAUCUGGAAAGAGUAGCGGAGUACUGCGAAAGCAACUAUGUCCAGACUGCAGACAAGGAGCAAGCCCUGGAGGAAACAAAGAGCUACACCACCCAAUCUCUGGCCAGCGUUGCCUACCUCAUCAAUACGCUUGCCAACAAUGUCCUGCAGAUGCUGGACAUCCAGGCCUCCCAACUCCGACGAAUGGAGAGCUCAGUUAACCACAUUUCACAGACUGUUGACAUUCACAAGGAGAAGGUGGCGAGACGGGAAAUUGGCAUCUUGACCACCAAUAAGAACACAUCCCGCUCACAUAAAAUCGUUGCUCCUGCCAAUCCGGAGAGGCCAGUGCGCUACAUUAGGAAGCCCAUUGACUACAGCGUGCUCGAUGACAUUGGACAUGGAGUCAAGUGGUUGUUGAGGUUUAAGGUGAACGGCCAGCAGAACAUGAAACUAGGAGGGGGUCUGUCCAGGUCCAAUCCCCCCACCCAGAAACCACCCAGCCCUCCGAGGGCAGGCAAGGGCAUUUUAGGGAAGAACUCCCCCUACAGGACACUGGAGCCUGUGCGCCCCCCAGUGGUACCCAAUGAUUAUGUGUCCAGCCCCACCAGAAACAAUAUGGCCGUCGGGCAGCUUCCAAGUCCGGCCCGCACAGCCACCCUCAACCAUCGACCCCGAACAUACAGUGGUAGUAGUGAGGGCAGCCACCCCAGCAGCAGCAGUCGGAGUAGCAGCAGGGAGAACAGCGGCAGCGGCUGUGUGGGUGUUCCCAUCGCCGUGCCUACACCCUCCCCACCCUCCACCUUCCCAGGUCCUAUCGUCCCUCAGUUCUACAGUAUGAACCGGCCGCAGCCUCGACAGCAGGCUACGCAGGUAGGGGGGUCACUGCCGUACCGCCGACCCCCCUCUGUGACCGGUCAGCCAAUCAUAACACAGAACCAGGUCAAUGGAGGUCCCUACUACAACCAAAGCCCAGCCUCCCCCCCGCCCCCCUCCCUCCUCCAGUUCACCCCUCAGCUUCCGCUGAUGGGCUUUGUUGCUCGAGUUCAGGAGUCCAUUUCAGAUGCUCCUCCUCCUUCUCACCCGGUUCCUGAGAGCCAAGCUGGCCCAGAGGAGCCCCUGUCCACUCUUCAUCCAUUGCAGGAUGGACAGGAAGAGGAGGAUUCAGCAGUAGUGGAGUACAACGACCCGUACGCUGAAGAGGACCCACCAUGGGCCCCCAGAACCUACCUGGAGAAAGUGGUGGCCAUCUAUGACUACUCAGCCGACAAAGAGGACGAGUUGUCGUUCCAGGAAGGAGCGAUUAUCUACGUCAUCAAGAAGAAUGAGGACGGCUGGUUUGAAGGAGUGAUGAAUGCAACCACCGGCCUCUUCCCUGGAAACUACGUUGAGUCCAUCAUGCACUACACCGACUGAGGAAAAAGAAGAGGGUAUCCCUUUAAAUAGUGUGGACUGACAAAUGAGAUGAUCUGUGAAAUGUUACAGACAGCUUCUCCAGGGCUGAUUUUACCAGGAAUCUGUUUCACACUGAUCCCUGCAGACGUUAAACCUCUGGUUUGUUUGGAAAGAUAAAUAAAUCCAAUAAAACAACUAAUCUAUUAUCAAACCUUUUAUCUCUGUUUCUUAUUAGCAAAGAGCAGUGUUGGGUAGUCAUCAACUAAACACUAAAUAUAUGAUGUGUCCGGGGAAACUUAAAUUGUAGUUUGUCAACCAGUCAGUUAAAGCACAUUCAUCAAAAAUCAGACACUAAAGUCUUUUUUUGUUUUUUAGCAGAAGGUUGAUUCAUCUGAUAUGAUAAUGUCUUUUAGGGCCCAUAUGUAUUGGGAAAGGAAGAUCCUGCACACUGCUCUUGCUCAGUAUCAAUGAUGCAGAGCAAGAGCAGUCUGCAGGAUCCUCCUAUCUCCACAACGCACCUGCAUCUGAGAUAGUUGGAUUGUCAAAUAUUUCCUUCGAAAAAAGGGCCCAUAUACAUAAGACUUAAGAAAAAUGAUCUCAAGAAUGAUCAUAAACUUUGACUUAUGAAUCUAACAUUUUAGUAAAAAGACUGAUUUUGUAUAAAGAAGCUAAAAGUGCUGACUGCAGUGACUGCUCAGACUACAAUCAUGUCUACUACAAUUCCUCCCCUCAAGCACUGAAUCAGCCAACAGCAUGCCUCUAAAGAUGACAUGUGUUUAAGAUUACCCAUAUCUCAUAGUCUCCAACAUUAUAUAUGCUCCAGUAUAGUGAAACAUGCAAAAAGAAAGCUUAUAGACUAUGUCAUAUACAUACAUAUUAUAACAUAUGCAUACAGUGCUGUUUGAAAGUUUGUGAACCCUUUAG